AUGGCAACAUACCUCAUCACCGGUGCUUCUAGAGGCAUUGGACUUGAGCUUACCAAGCAACUGCUCAAGCUACCAGCCUCCCGAGUGUCUAAAGUCUUCGCUGUCGCUCGCAACUCUGAAGUCGAUGCCAUCAAGCAGCUUGUGCAAGAAUAUCCUGAUCGCGUCUGCCCUGUCUCUGCUUCCAUCGACGACGAUACCAGUAUCCAGAAGGCAGCUGAAAUCGUCAAGACCAAGCUAGCUGGCCAUGGACUCGAUGUUCUGGUUAACAAUGCUGGAAUUGCUGGCACGACCUCUGGUUCAAUAAAAGAUAUGGAUCUCGACCAGCUGACCCAGAUCUUGAACGUCAAUGUGAUAGGGACACAGAGGGUGUCUGCUGCUUUCAUGUCUUUGCUCGAACAAGGCACACAAAAGAAGAUCGUCAACAUGUCUUCCGGACUCGGCUCCUUUGCCUUUGCCGCUCGCACUGCUACAAUGCCUACCGACGCAUAUAUCAUCUCGAAGACUGCGCUCAAUAUGCUUACUCUGAGAUGGGCGAAUCAGUACGCAGAUGCUGGAUUUACUAUCGUUGCAAUCUCUCCUGGUUGGUUAAAGACAGAUAUGGGCCAUGAACAUGCAGACCUUAGCGUGGAGAUGGGUGUGGCCGAAGUCAAGAGGCUCAUAUUGGAAAGCGGUAAAGAACAAAAUGGAAAGUUCCUAAAUAUAAGAGUGCCCAAGACCGAAGGAAUGGUCUUUGAGUACGAUGGUAAAGGAAUUGCUUGGUAG